AUGGAAAUCCCAGAAAUCCCAUGGAAAUCCCAGAAAUCCCAUGGCAAUCCCGGCAAUCCCAUGGAAAUUCCGGCAAUCCCAUGGAAAUCCCAAAAAUCCCAUGGAAAUCCCGGAAAUCCCGGAAAUCCCGGAAAUCCCGGAAAUCCCGGAAAUCCCGGAAAUCCCAGGAAAUCCCAGGAAAUCCUGGAAAUCCGAAAUCCGCCGUUUCCCCCUUGUUAA